AUGUCUCUUGAUUCUGAUAAAUCGUUACACCUUUGUGAUGCUUUUAGCAUCAGCUGUGGCACAGUCACUUUGGAUCCCACUCAGGCAAAGAUGCUACUCAUUCGCCAGAACAAAAACCAAGAGAUUCUCCUCCCUAAAGGGCGCAAGAACAUUGGAGAGGCACUGGAGAAUGCCGCCUUACGAGAGACCUAUGAAGAGACGGGCUUCCGAGUGGCCCUCUUCCCUUUGCCGAUUCCCACACUUGCAACCCCCGAGGCCGCUGCCGAUACAUACGGUCAAUUGAGCGCUGUGACAGAACCUUUUGCUGUUAGCCAGCGUCUCGUGCACAAUAAACUCAAGCUCAUUUUUUGGUUUGCCGCCAAGGGAGAUUCUACCACAGAGCCUGAUAUGGGAACUCAGCAGGACGGAGAGGAUUUUGAACCGAUUUGGGCGGAGCUUGAUAGCGGAGUGCAGUCUUUGACUUUCGAUGACGAUCGGCAAAUUGCACGAGCAGUUAUUGAUGUAGUCUCCCGCGCUGGUUACUUUAGUACUGCGAAGCUUUCUGGGAUGAAUCCAUAA